AUGGUGGGGCCUGCCUUCAUCUUGCUCCCCAGCUGGCAGCAAGAAGACCAGAAGCUGAAGUUUCUGGAUGCCGUCUGCACCAUCUGCACCACCAGCAGCAAGCACUCCUUCCUGUGGGGCACGCUGCUGCUCUUAAAGCCUGAGCUGGCGGAGAGCCUCGAGGUGCUGCUGCAAGAGGAGCCCGUUGAUCGCCUGGACACCACGGUGCGGCAGCAAGUCAUGCUGACCAUCGCUGCCAUGAGCAGAGCGGAGCUGCUUCUGGAGGACAAGAACAGCCUCCUGGAAGCCUGCUUCUGCAGCAUCUUCCAGCUGCCUCCGCAGGACAGCCAGGGCCCCGGGGCUUGGCUCUAUGACAAGGUAUGCCAUGGGGUGAGCCACAGGGAGCUCCCUGUCCCGAGGCCCCUUCCUGGUAAGAGCAGGGCCACGGCUGCGCUGCUCCCCCAGGCUGCCAGGGCUGCCCUUGAGACCCUGCUCCCUUGCAGACCCUGUCUGCGAUGGACAGCAUGUUACAGGUGCUGGUGUGCAGCGCCAGAACCCUCGGUGCCCUCGUUCCGGCGGCAGAGAAGGCAGCGCUGGCCUCCCCCAGCCCUACGGCGGGCGACCGCCCGUUACUGCCCGCUCUGCGUCACUCGCAGGGCUCUGCAAACCGGGCUGUACUCCCGGGGUCCGGGCCCUUGGGCGUGGGAGCACACCGGAGGGGCGGGGCCAGUGCUCAGGGGCGGGGCCUACCGCCGGGAGAGCGGCUCGGCGCUGACUGGGCGGUGCCCGUGGCGGGUGAACGCGGUCGUUACCCGAGUGACGCCGCGGGCCGCCGUUAGGAGGACUCCUGGCAGGGGAGGCCGGGCUGCAGCGGCCGUAGGGGACGGGCCGGGGCCGGGGCCGGGGCCGGGGCCGCUCCGCCCCGCCCUUCCUGCACGCCUGCAGCCAGUAGGCGCUGCCGGGGGCGUGGCCUGGCCGCGGGUCGACAGCGGCGUGGGGGUGCCACGUGCGGCGGCAGCAUGGCGGCUACGGCGGGCAGCAGGAGGGCCAAGGCCCCGCGCGGGGCGGCAGGGCGGCGGCGGCCGCGGGCUGCGUUGCGUCCUGCAGGUCACGGGCGCCGAGGGGAGACCGCGGGCGGCGGGCGGCCGGCCGGUCGACGAGGAGGUGUCCAGCGAUUCUGAGACGGAAUGCCUGUUGCAGGAACGGCGGCGGCGGGAGGCGGUGGAGGCGGAGGAGGAGGUGGAGGAGACGCCGCAGGAGAAGAAGCUGCGCUUGGCCAAGCUUUACCUGGAGCAGCUCCGCCAGCACGAAGAGGAGCUGGCGGAGGAGGAGGAGGAGACCCAGCAGGCGGAUCUCAUCGGCGAGCGGCUGAAGGAGGACGUGCUCGAGCAGAAGGGCCGGCUGCAGCGCCUGGUCGCCAAAGAUGUGCAGCCUCCGGAUCCAGCCAGUAUCCGUGUGUUGCGGGGACACCAGCUGCCUGUCACCUGCGUGGUUAUUUCUCCAGACGAUAGGUUCAUCUUUUCUGCUUCCAAGGAUGGCUCUCUCAUCAAAUGCAAGUGUUCUCUUGAGGCUGUGACUGGCUCUUCCCACAGCAGCAGGGCCAUAGGUGCCCACAGAGGUGGCUUGGCCCUUGCCCCCUCCGUGGACGUGCACAUGUAUGUCUUUGGACUCUGUGAGAGGCUCCCAUGGGGUGACGAUGAUGCCUUACCCGCAGGGGAGGUGGAGAGUGGGAAGAAGCUGUGCGUGGUGCCCGGGGGGAAGAAGGGCACCGAGAAGCAGCACAUGGGCCACGCGUCCCAUAUCCUCUGCAUGGCCAUCUCAUCAGAUGGCAAGUACCUGGCCACGGGAGACAGGAACAAGCUGAUCAUGAUCUGGGACACAGCUACCUGCAAGCGCUUGCACAUCUUCACUGGGCACCGGGACGCUGUCUCAGGCCUGGCCUUCCGGAAGGGCACGCACCAGCUGUACAGUGCCUCCCACGACCGCUGUGUAAAGGUCUGGAAUGUGGCGGAAAACGCUUAUGUAGAGACGCUGUUUGGGCACCAGGAUGUCAUCACGGGGCUGGACAGUCUGAGUCGGGAGUGCUGUGUGACGGCAGGGGGACGGGACGGCACCGUGAGGCUCUGGAAAAUCCCUGAGGAGUCGCAGCUCGUGUUUUGUGGGCACCAGGGCUCCAUCGACUGCAUCCAGCUCAUCAAUGAGGAGCACAUGGUGUCGGGAGCUGAUGAUGGGUCCGUCGCUCUGUGGGGGGUGACAAAGAAGAAGCCACUGGCACUGGCCCGGCAGGCGCACGGCAUGCAGGAUGCCCAGGGCCUGCAGCAGCCGUACUGGAUCUCAGCGGUGGCUGCCCUGCGCAACAGUGACCUCCUGGCUACAGGGUCCCACAGCACCAGCGUGAAGCUCUGGAAGUGCAGUGAGGGAUUUCGGAAGCUGGAGCCUCUCUGGGACAUCCCCUUAGUGGGUUUUGUCAACAGCCUCAAGUUCUCCGCAGCUGGUGACUUCCUGGUGGCCGGCAUCGGGCAGGAGCACCGGCUCGGCCGGUGGUGGAGAAUCAAAGGAGCUAAAAACAGCGUCUGCAUCAUCCCACUGAAACAGAGGGCCACAGUUCCCAGCCUGGAAGGCCCUGACAGCUCUUAGCAUGGCUGGAGCCAGGUCCUUAAACUGCUGUCCCUGGAGCUGCGCCCUGUGUUCUUCAUGCAACCACCUUGGAACAGCAGCCUGUCAGAGAGGGCUGUCGCAUAGCCCCUUACCCUGCUGCUCCCCAUGGUGUGCCGUGGCUCUGCCCUCGGCGAGGGUCUAUCCCCUUCCCUCAGGUUCAGUCAUACCUGAGCUCUGGAAGAGUCCAUUAAAAAAAACCUAAACAACAAAACCACUUUAUUUACAUAAAUUACAAAAAGAAAAGUCACACUCUUGUUCACAGAAUAAAUCUACUCUUAAAAACUU